UAAAUUUUAAGUGUAGUGCUUUACCAACAGACAACCGGUCAUCUUUCACAACCAUUAAUAAUCAUUUAUCGAUCUUUAUUUUUUUUUAUCUCUUUACUCAUUUAUGAUAAUUUACCAAAAGUGUUACUAAUUUUUUUUAUCAGCUUGAAUUUAUCCCCUUUCUUGUACCAUUUCAUAUUUUCUUACGACAAAACUAAUAACGUGAGAAGGUUGAACAUGUGUUAAUUGUCAUCAUUUGUGCUAAUUGUCAUCAUGGAGUUUAAGUCAACUUUAAUGAAAUUAAAAAUGGUGGCCGUUGAGCCCAUAUUAUUCUCCUACAUGAUGAUUAUUUUUAUGGAAUCGAAUGCUAUACAGGAACUGGUUUUUGUGAAGUCGUGCAUACAAUUAAACAAUCCAGUCAACAUUAGUGACUGUAGCUACGAACUGAAACAAAACUUGACCGAAUCUGUUGAAGAAGCGGCUAUGUGGUCGAAGUAUAACAACUGCUGUCUCUUCUUCUGCACUUUUCUGAGUUCCCUAUUUGUUGGUUCUUGGAGCGAUCGCUUUGGUCGAAAGUUUCCCAUGCUCAUACCUCCAAUUGGCAGCACAUUUGCAGCUGCAGUCAAUUGCAUUCUCUCUGUGUACAUCAAAACUCACCCUGCGUUUUUCAUUAUAAGUUCAGUAAUAUCGGGUUUAUCCUUUGGCAGUGUCGGCAUUAUUGCCACCACUUUUGGCUAUAUCUCCGACUUUACUCACGAGCAAUCUCGAUCCAAACGAAUAGUGAUAUUAGAAUCUAUGUUAUUUACAGGUGGGACGACAGGUAUAUACAUAGCUGGAUUGUUUUUAAAGCAUGUGAAUUAUGACACAAAAGUGAACAGCUUUGCUCAGCUUUUUAUCUUCGAAGGAAUUGUAUCUGCUCUUAUUGUGAAUUACAUAGCUUUCCGUAUUCCAAAACAUACCUCGGAUGCGCAGUCGCUCGAUUCUCACACAACUGGAUUGUUUAAUCUGAAACAUAUUAGUGAUUCACUUAGAACGGUAUUUCGAUUUCGAGAAGGGGGGCGGCGUACAAAAGUGCUGCUGAUGCUUUUUUCUUUAUUCUUGAUCUAUUUUGGUAGUGCAGUGCAGACCACUCUAGGAUACUACUUUGUUAAAACCCUGGGAUGGACUUUUCAGGAAUAUACAUUAUUUCAUUCCAUUCAAUUUGGUGUUGAAGGACUAGCAUUAUUGUUUGGAUUACCAACUUUACUUUACUUUUGCCAUGUACCUGACCAUAUCUUUGCUGCUCUUGGAAUGAUUUCAAGAAUUGCUGGCUUUGUUAUGUUUGGAUUGAGUUAUACAGUUGGCAUGGUUUAUAGUUGUGCUGCAUUAUACAUGCUUUCAGAAUUUCCUGUUCCUGCCUUGCGAUCCAUGUUGUCCAAAACAGUUAAUGCUGAUGAAAAGGGGAAAAUAUUUGCCUUUACUGCAAGCCUGCAAAAUUUAUGUUAUCUUUUGGGUUCUUUUAUUCUUACAACCAUAUUUACAGAGGUUUCAUUCAAAGGGUUGUGCUUUGAAGUUGUUGCAGGUUUACAAGGAAUUGCAUUAAUAAUUAUCAUAUAUCUAUAUUUUACAAGACAUGAAUAUGUUAUGGUCUAUGAAACUGUUGUAAAUGCAGAUGGUAGUGUCACUGAAACUUCCUAUGUUGCCCCAGAUGAAAAUUCUAUUUAUUAGUAUGCAACCUGUCUAAAUCAUUCUACUGAAAAGGAUUCUACUGAUUUUUAAUUUAUGCCAUUUAUUUCAUGACUUGGUGAUUUUUUCACAUCAAUCCCUGUGGCAGAAUUUUUUCGAACUAUCUGCGACACAACUCUCUAGCACUAAUAUUUUUCUGCAUGGUACUUUUAAUUCGUACCUGGUUCACCUCAUUGGGA